GCUGGAAUGGCGUCAGCAUGAGAAUGGUUUUCGUUCGCGUUCGAGAAGUACAGCUCUAUAAGCUACUCACCCGCUAUAUAUACGCGGCUCGACGAGGCAGAGACACAACUACAAGCCCCAUUACUCUGUCCCUCCCCGUAGUAUCCACCAGCUAUGUCGCAGAAAGCACUCUGGCUGAAGGCCGAAAAAGGCUCCUUCGAAGUCGGCACAGCACCGAUACCGAAGCCCGGCGAGGGCGAGGUGCUCAUCAAGGUUCACUCGACGGCGUUGAACCCUGUCGACUGGAAGAUUGCAGCAUACGGAUUUCUGAUUGAAAACUACCCCACUAUCCUCGGCGGUGAUGCCGCAGGCGUCGUCGAGGAAGUCGGUCCCGGCGUCACAAACCUCAAGAAGGACGACCGAGUGCUGACGAAUGGCGUGUUCGGCAACAACGAGCACGCAACUUUCCAGCAAUACACGCUCGGGUACGCCGAAGUGACAGGAAAGAUUCCAGACAACUUGACUUUCGACCAAGCCGCGACGAUCCCUCUUGGUUUGGCCACUGCCGCGAUUGGAUUAUUCCACCAAGAUGCGCCCGCAGGGAGCGUGGGCCUCUUCCCGCCUUGGGAAGACGGCGGUCGCGGGAAGUACGCUGGGGACCCCAUCCUCAUCAUCGGCGGAGCAAGUUCUGUCGGUCAAUACGUCAUCCAACUGGCCAAACUCGCCGGCUUCGGCCCCAUCAUAACCACCGCCUCCCUGCGCAACACCGAAGUUCUGAAGGGCCAGGGCGCGACGCACGUCCUGGAUCGCACCCUCUCGAAGGACGCGCUCGUCGCGGAAGUGAAGAAAAUCACGUCCGCACCUGUGAAGGUCGCCUACGACGCCAUCUCCGAGGCCGACACGCAGAACGCCGCCUACACGAUCCUCGCGCCCGGGGGAGCACUCGUCAUCGUCCUGAACGAAUCCGUGGAGAACAAGACAGACGACAAGCGGGUUGUGCACGUCUUCGGAAACACGAACAUGCCGUCGAACCGCAAGCUGGGGGUGAGUCUGUACUCGAAGCUGACUGCUUUGUUGGCAGAUGGUGCCGUCAAGCCGAACCCUGUCGAGGUGCUUCCAAACGGGUUGCAGGGCAUCAUCGCGGGUCUCGAGAAGCUCAAGCAAGGGGUCAGCAACGUGAAGCUGGUCGGACAACCACAGGAGACAGCGUGAUCGCUCGGAUGGCAGGAAAUAAGCAGCGAUUGUAGUUCGCGAGCGUGUAUUGUUAUCGACAUAAGGGAUUGCUUCGCUUCGCUCCGCCUGGCCGGUAUGGCUUGCUUGAAGCUUGCUCAGAGGUUGCUUGAACGAGUAUGAGAAAACC